CUUACUAUUUGCUUGCUGCUGCUACAGUGUUGUAUUUAGUGGUUGAUACACUGUAACCAGUGAGAAAUAAGACUCCUCUGAAUCCACCGAAAUGUUAACCAACCCAUCACGUGGUAAUAUCUUCUUCAUCACAAAAACCUGGUCCUGUAAAUCCACCAACUCCUUACACGGUUCCGACAUUUUUAUGUUAUAAUAUCACCAUCCAAUCCGAUUCGAUCCUAUCCAUUUGCCAAUCUAUUUCUCUCUCAUCCGAUCCGAUCAGAUCUCUCUCUAAAACCCUUUUCCAAUUCCACCCAUUUCACACACUCACUUCCUUGAUUCAUUGAUUCUCAGUUGCAGAUAAGGUGUUUGUUGAAAUUCCUCAAAAGACUUUUAUUUGGUAUUUGACUAAUUUCGUUCGCAAAUCUGUUUGCACAGACUUAAAAUCUUGUUUUUCGUAGACCCAGUUGAGUUAAAUAGAUCAUAAGGAUAAGUUUCUGUAUUAGAUUUAUCGUUUCAGUUUGGUGAUUAGCUUAUUUGGUUGAUUAAGCUGAGUUGCACAUAAGGUGUUUGUUGAAAUUCCUCAAAAAAAAAAAAAAAAGUUUUUGGGUUUUGACUAAAAUUGAUUGCUGGAAAUUGAAGAAGAUGAGUUUCAGAAUGGCGGAGGAUGAUUCCCGACCGGAAAUUCAUCUCCCAGCUGAUGUUGACUGGGAGAUGCUUGAUAAAUCCAAGUUUUUCUUCCUCGGUGCCGCGUUGUUUUCGGGUGUUUCGGGGACGUUAUACCCGACCGUGGUGUUAAAAACCCGGCAACAGGUGGUUGUUAAAGACACACCAUGCUUUAAAAUGGCGGUUUCAAUAUUAAGACAUGAUGGUUUCAAGGGGUUUUAUAGAGGAUUUGGGACUUCAUUAAUGGGUACUAUUCCUGCAAGAUCACUUUACAUGGGUGCUCUCGAAAUAACCAAGAGUAGCGUCGGUUUCGCCACGGUGAAAAUGGGGUAUUCCGAGGCGAAAGCAGCCGCGAUCGCGAAUGCGGCAGCGGGUGUAAGUGCAGCCAUGGCUGCACAAUUGGUUUGGACACCAAUUGAUGUUGUAAGCCAAAGAUUAAUGGUUCAAGGUGUCAAAAGUGGAGUCAAAUACAACGGUGGCAUUGAUGCUUUUCGACAGAUUAUCCGCGCCGAUGGGAUUCGUGGGUUAUAUAGAGGGUUCGGGAUUUCGAUCUUGACAUACGCCCCGUCAAACGCGGUGUGGUGGGCGUCGUAUUCACUCGCCCAUCGCGCUAUAUGGGACGGUAUCGGUUCUCAUUUAAAGCAACAAGAACAUGGUGGUGGUGGGAGUGGGAGUGGGAGUGGGUUUAAGCCGGAUUCGAAGGCGGUGGUGGCAGUGCAGGCGGCGAGUGCCGCGAUGGCGAGUGGGGUUUCGGCAUUGGUUACAAUGCCAUUGGAUACAAUCAAAACAAGACUUCAAGUUUUGGAUGGUGAAGGAUGUGAUGGGAAGAUGUGUAUAGGGCAAACAUUAAGGAGAUUGAUGAAGGAAGGUGGAUUGAGUGCAUGUUAUAGAGGGUUGGGGCCUAGAUGGGUUUCAAUGUCAUUUUCUGCUACCACUAUGAUCACUACCUAUGAGUUUCUUAAGAAAUUGUCUACCAAAAAUCAAGAUUCUUGUGGUUCCCUUCAAUGAGUUGGUUUUAGAUAUAGAGUUUUAAGUCAAUGUUGUCUUCAAACUUGUUAUGUUUUUUGAUGCCAGAAAAAGUGUUAUGAAACCAGGUUUCAAAGAAAAAUGUCAAGAACCAUCACCACUAGUGCUCCAGUGGUGGCCACGGAUAUUUAAGUUUCACCUAUGGAGGGUCCGGGUGAGUUUUCCUCUUCAGGUCUCAAGUUCAAGUCUAGGUGAUAGGGGUUUCUCAUUGAGUGGUUUAAAUUGGGGAUCUAUUGUGCGAGGGGGCUCUCUAGCACGGACCCAGUUAAGACAACGUAUGCUAGACCUCCCAACAUUUGCGAAUAAUUCACACCUUAAAAAAUGUCAAGUUUGAUGAAAAAUAUUGAUGAAUGAUGGUUAUCAUGUUGCUAGCAACACUUUGGGUGAUGUAAUGUGGGAUGUUGUAAAUAUGUAGCUUUAAUCUUUUAUACUAAGCUCAAUAUUUUAAUCUUCA